UUUGUUCUGAAACUAGCAUGUGCUAAGCCUAUGUCAUUCUGUCUCUAUAAAUUGAAUCCAAUUAAUAACUCAUAAGCAAUGAACAUAAAUUUUCUCUGAAACUUACUGGGAAUUGGAGCUGUUUCUGCCCUUUAAGUUCUGAGUUGGUUCCCAAAUGGAAAUGCUGAGAGCUUUACUGAGUUUGGCUGCUGCAGCCGUGCUUGUCAACAUAGCCAUGGCAGCCGAUUACACUGUUGGAGCACCCAGUGGCGGCUGGGACCUCAGCACUAACCUGCAAGCAUGGGCAUCAUCACAUACAUUCCAUGUCGGAGACAAUUUGAUUUUCAAGUACACGUCGAACCACGACGUGGUUGAAGUUAAGGAGGCAGACUACGGCCCCUGCCAAGCUAGCAAUCCGAUUCAGAGAUAUACUGGGGGUAACACGGUGAUCGGCCUCGCUUCUCUGGGGAAGAGAUACUUCAUCUGUGGAGUACCAGGGCAUUGUGACCUAGGAAUGAAAGUCGAGAUCAACACACUAGCUGCGGCUUCAGCACCACCACCGGCGGCUACUCCUCCACCAGAAGCAACUCCUUCGACUCCACCACCGGCUACUCCUCCACCAGAAGCAACUCCUUCGACUCCACCACCAGCUUCCCCAGCACCUGCUUCCCCGGUCGCCCCUGUUUCUUCACCACCGCCAGUGAACCCACCAAAGUCCGCUCCUACAACGUCUCCUCCAGCACCAUCCAUGUCACCAACCAGUAUUCCAGCAUCAUCACCGAACGUUCCUUCUGCAGAGCCUCCAACAAGCUCUCCUUCUCCAAAUGGCUCAGCACCGCCGCCUUCCUUCUCAUCGGCUCCCAAAGCCAACACUCUAGUUGGCUGGGCAUUGGGAUUCUGUUUCUCCAUGGCGAUCCUAUUGGCCCUUUGAGUGUUUGAUAGGACUAGAGAAGGGGUUGUCGCGGAAGGGAAUGAGAAGGGUGAGGUGAGGGGUCAAAUUUCAUUUGUGUUUUUCAUCUGAUUCUCCACCUUGGAGAAAAUAAAUAUUGGAGAUAGAAUUCAUUGGCAUAUAUAUAACCAUAAUAAAACAUGUAAUUGCAUGUUGCGAGAGCCACAGUUUGAAGGCAACUGGCAUCAGUCUACCGCUCAAUCAAAUGGGAGUACUUUUGGCACAUACUGAGAUUUGAUUGUGUAAUUUCCUAAAAGUAUUUUGCAAGUACCACUUCAUCGUUUGGUUCUUGUACCAAUGAUGUGUGAAUUGAAGUCAUUUAAGCAAUGUUACAUCGUCUGGCUCUUUCCCACUGACUAAACCUGGAUUUAGAUUUGGUACUUGAAUUCAACCUGUCAGUCAGAUACAGAAGAUGGUACUUGAAUUCAACCGGUUAGUCAGAUACAGAAGAAGAAGAAGAAGAAGAAGAAGGGCAACCUAGAUAUAUCCUGGUUUCAGCUGGAUCAGGAUUCAAGCUCGCCUAACCAUUGGCCAGAUUUGGGUUCUGACCAGCAGGUCUAUGUUAGUCAGUCAAAACCUAGAUCUUAACUGUAACCCGUGAACUAGUGAGUUUUGAUUUUGCCAGUGAUAACAACAAAU